CAACGCCCAAGUCCCCAUUUUAGUCUCACCCGAGCUCAGCUCAGGAUCCCAAAGCGGCACGACACGACCGUCGAUUCAGAGCGACAGAGUCCGGUCGGUUCUUCCGACCAUGGCGGCGGCGGCGCCGGAGAUAAGGCACCGGCAGGUGGAGGCGAACGGCAUCACGAUGCACGUCGCCGAGGCCGGCCCGGCCUCCGCCGCGGCCCUCGCGGUGCUCUUCGUGCACGGCUUCCCGGAGCUCUGGUACUCGUGGCGCCACCAGAUGGAGCACCUGGCGGCCCGGGGCUACCGCUGCGUGGCCCCCGACCUCCGCGGCUACGGGGGCACCUCCGUGCCGCCCGACCCCGCCUCCUACACCGCCUUCCACGUCGUCGGCGACCUCGUCGCGCUCCUCGACGCCCUCCGCCUCCGCCAGGUGUUCGUGGUGGGGCACGACUGGGGCGCCAUCGUGUCGUGGAACCUCUGCCUGCUGCGGCCGGACCGGGUGCGCGCGCUCGUCAACCUCAGCGUCGCCUUCAACCCCCGCCACCCCUCCGCCAAGCCCCUCGACUACUUCCGCCGCGCCUACGGCGACGACUACUACGUCUGCAAAUUCCAGGAACCUGGAUAUGAAGCACAAUUUGCUAGUCUUGACUUGAAGAGGUUCUUCAAAAUGGCAAUAACUGUUCAAACCACAGGUUCUUCUGCUAUGUCCCUUAAAAAAAUGCAGUCAAGCAACAAGCAAAUAACACUGCCUUCUUGGCUCUCCGAGGAGGAUGUCAGUUACCUAGCAAGUGUAUACGCAAAAACUGGCUUUGCUGGUGGCCUUAAUUACUACCGCUGUCUAGACCUGAACUGGGAGCUGAUGGCGCCAUGGACUGGAGCGAAAGUGCAAGUGCCGACCAAGUUCAUCGUCGGGGACGGUGACCUGGCAUACCAUCACCCAGGAGUCAAAGGCUACAUACACAAGGGUGGGCUCAAGAGAGACGUGCCCAUGCUCGACGAGGUGGUGGUGAUCAAAGGUGCCGGGCACUUCAUCCAGCAGGAGAGAGCACAGGAGAUCAGUGAACACAUCUAUGAAUACAUCAAGAAGUUCAGCACAGACCCGACACGGGAAUUAUCGAAAUUGUGAGGUCAUCUGUUGAUGUACAAAGUUAAUAAAGAGUAUGUGGCCUUGAGACACUUGUAAGUUGUAUGCAACUUGUAUAACUUUCAAAGCCUGCUGGUUCAUGCACUGAAAUGCUCACGUGGAUAGCAUGAGCCAUGGUUCUACA